UGAUUACAUCUCUCGUAUGGAUGAUUUGGCCUUUGACAUGUAUCAGGAUCCUGAAACAGCAGCCUUGAUUAGAAAACUAGAUGACAGGAAAAGAGAAGCAGUACAACAGGAAAGAUACGACUAUGCAAAGAAGCUGACAGCUGUCAUUUCAGACUUGUACAAAGUUGGUGAGAAGCUGGGACGAUAUGAAGUUGAGAAGAAAAAAGCUGUUGAAUUGGAGGAUUAUGAUCUAGCUAUGGAGAAAAAAGUGAGUGAAACAGUGUUUAUUUCUCUUUAUCUUAUCACAGGCUACGAUAAGAAAUACAAGUAGGUAUAGUCUGCAUAUGCGCCUAGUGCCUCAUCAGGCCAGCUCUUAUCUCUGAUUUCUGUAGCACGAAGUGACUAGAAGUAUUUCUAAUUCCUACUGGAUGAGAUCUGUGCUAGUCCAUCACAGGGUUACCCCCAG